GUCAAUUGAUUAUAUCCUGCUGUGACUGUCGUGUAGAUUAUGUGAAAGAUUAAGUAGAGAAAUGCGAAUAUUUGUGUCCACCCACCAUAUUUGAUUGCGCGCAGAAAGUUGAAAAAGUGGUAAAAACCUGAUUGCUCAGGAUUACUGAGGCAUUGUUAUCUGGCCAGAUGUACCCAGAGACCUAGGAGCGAUUGCGAGGGACAGCGCAGGAGGUAGAGUAAGGAAAGGGCCCAAAAUUAACGUUUCCGGAAGACAAGAGGCCAACAUGAAAUAUCCGGGACAUCCAUCAACGGUGUUCUGCGAGCAGAUGGGCACCGUGACGACACUGUUUGAACAGUGGAAUGAAUGCGAGCGUACUGUGAUGCUGUACGCCCUCCUGAAGCGAGUUCCCUUUGCGAAUCUCAAAUUCUUGCAACUGUCCAUUGAGUACAACAUUGCUCAGAACUACAACUCCCAGUCACGCCUGCAGAUCCUUGAGAGUAACAGCAACAACGGCGUCUUCUUGGCAAAACUUCUGGGAGCCUACAAGGGCGGGAAAUCCGAUGCUCAGGACUCGGUUAUUUACGAGGCGGAUGCAUAUGAGGCACUGGGGAAACGCGAGCGCAAAGAAGACAUACUCAGUGAGUUGCUGACGUACCUGCCACUACUGAAGCCAGGAAAUGAGGACGCCAAGGCGGUCUACAUGGCAAUUGUACCCAUAGCCGUGGAGGAUGCGGUGAGGCAGCUGGUGCCCGCUGAGCUGGUGCAACAAAUACUCUCCUAUCUCCUUAUCCAUCCAGCCGUCACCAACGACGACAGAAGGUACCUUAUCAAUAACACUAGGCUCACUAUUCCUCUGCUCAUUAGAUCUCUUGGGCACUGGAUGCACAAUCUGGAGGAGUACAUAAGUUCUCCGUACAGCAGCAAAUCCCAGUCCAAUUGCCUUUUGGACGCCAAUGGAGGAAGCACAAAUUCGAGCACCUCUACACUGUGGCAAAGUCCGGCAACAGGGAAGGGUGAAUGCGGAGGCGGAAAGUGGGGUGGUGUCUUCUGUGAUGACGGUGCGACGCCUCUGAAAGAUUUUCGGAAGACUAUUGGAAAGAAUGUGGAGUUUAAGGCUACGGGUGGAGGGGGUCCGCUGUAUGAGACACCCUCGGAUGAUCAGGAUGUGUCUUUCUCGAAAAAUGGUACGGAAAUUCUGGAUUUUGAUGACGAAAAUAAGUCCAAUACAAAGAUAGCUUUUGAAUCACUGACUUUGAGGGAUUUACUGGCUGUGCCCAGUUUCCUCGAUGGAGCUGCUGCGGUACUGAAAACUAGAAGGAGUAACAGUUUGACGACAGCUGCUGGACAGGCGGCUACUGCGAGUUCGGCCUCAGCUGAAAAUUUGGCCCAGAUGAUGCAGAAACCGCGAAGCUUUUCCCUGACAACUGUGGAAAGUGCCCAUGGGGUGCAGAGUCUCACAGCUGGUGGUUCAGAGACGCGUUUGGAUGACUUUAGACCCAGCUCUAUUAAGCAUCCUGCUCAUCAGUCGGGUAUGAGUGGAAUUGGACAGUGGCUCAAGAGCCUACGACUGCACAAGUAUGUUUGGCUGUUUACCAACAUCACCUACGAGCAGAUGAUGGACAUCACAGAAGAGCACCUACAGAAUCUGGGCGUGACAAAGGGAGCUCGACAUAAACUGGUCCUUUGCAUUCAGAAACUGAGGGAACGUCACAGUCGGCUGCUAGAGAUCGAGAAGGGUCUGCUUCAGGAUCAAACCUUUCUGACGCCGGCUCUCGAGGAAUUGGCCAAUGUAGUGCUGACGCCUAUGAAGCCUGUCAAUCACUAUGGCAAAGAUGAUGUGGCAGCGCAACUGUACAAAGUUAUCGAACUGAUUGCUGGGCUUUUAGUUAGUAGAGCAGCAGCGGGGCAGGGUGAUGAGGAGAGUACUGGAGCCUUCAUGUGGGUGUUAGAGAAGGCGUUGCACAAUGAUGCCUUCGUGGCGCAAACGAAUCAACUGAAGGAAUUCAAAUACAAGAUGUCCAAAAUUAAGAUGCAGUUUGGAUUAUCAGCAAAUUCCUCCAAAGGACACUACAGCAAGACUCCAAUCAGCACCAUGGGAAAAACAAGGUGGACCCCUAGUGCUAAGCCUCACAAGUCCAGCGAUAAAUGCAGCCGCAAAAACUCCACCGGGACAAUUCCCUGCUACCCGUUGUCUCUACAGCAGACCCCUUACCCUGAUCCCGAUCCUAAGUAUCAUCCAGUGCAUCAUGGGGCACCGCAACAUCAUCACCAUCAGACACCUAAUCACUAUAGCAAGUCUUCGUCAUAUCCUAACUUCACCACUUCAAAACCCAAUCUCCCACAGCACGCCUUCCCCACCCAGACUACCCCAACCUACCAUAGGCAUAGCCUAAAUAGCCUCAUGGGGGCUAAGAAUUACUUCAACAAGGAGAAUGUGCAGAGAACUCCGGCAGCUAGCGCUACUUCAGCAGCGCCGACCUUCAGCAGUGUCUUGGGACAGCAAAAUUCGACGGAGACGACGAAACCUGCGUCCAAGGAAGUGGGUAAGAGUGCCAAGUCAACUAUUGGGGAGAUAAACAGUCGCCUGGAGUUUCUGUGCCUGCAGAUGACUGAGCAGGCCAUUAAUUGAGUGGUUUGGUGGGUUACUGAUUAGGCCAAUUGUUCAAUGUACCCGACGGUAGGAGGCUUUUUAGACUUCCGGAAGCUCAAGAAGUAGCCCUACCUGUGAUGUUCUCAAUGUAUCUAUAUUAUGCGUGUUUUGCGUGUUUUUACAA